AUGGGUCUAUUUGGCAAGAAGAACAGCAGCAAGAUUCCACCGGUCGAGUCGGCUCCGCCUUCCCAAGGCAAGGCUACUGGCAGGUACGGCGCCCCUGGCGGCUACGGUGGACCUGGCGGACCCUCGCAGGCCGGCUACGGAGGUGCUGGAUACGGUCAGCAGCCUCCGCAGCAGCAGUUCGGUGGCGGAUCCGCAGGCUAUGGGCAGCCGCAAUAUGGUGGUGCGCCAGGCGGACCCGCACCCUAUCAGGACCGCUUCGCCAACGCUCGUGCACCCAAAAGCGGCUUUGGCUCGGGCUACGACCAGUACGCCAACCCGGGUGGAAGCAGCAGACCCGGCAACGCCUCACGAAGUACUCAGAGAGGUGCAGCAGGUGACGACGACGACCUCGAAGCCGAGUACGGCCGAGGCUCCGGUGCCGGCGCCUCGAAUGCGUACGACGGUGUCGAGCAGCAAGAACAGCAGGUCGACGAAGAGGACGACGAAGUGGAAGCCAUCAAGCAACAGAUGCGCUUCACCAAGCAAGAAUCCCUCUCUUCCACCCGCAACGCCCUUCGUAUCGCCCGCGAAGCCGAGGAGACAGCCACCAACACCAUGUUCAAGCUCUCCGACCAAUCCGAAAAGAUCGGCAAUACGGAGCGCGCGCUGGAUCUGGCCAAAGCGCACGCUUCCCGCGCCGAGGACAAUGCCAAGGAGAUCGUCUCGCUGAACCGCUCCAUCUUCCGCCCCAAUAUGCAGUUCAACAAGAAGGCGAAGCGGGAUGCGGAAGAGGCGCGGAUCAUUGCACGACACAUUGAUGAGCGCGAAGAACGCGAGGCGGUGCGUCGUGACGUUACUGCGGCCCAAUCGCGCUUGGAUGCGAGCAUGAACGGACCAGGAACGGGCAAGGCCAACUUCGGCCGCUUCGGCCAGGACCGCUUCGGAACGGGAAAGAAGGAGGACGCAGCAAUGAAGAACAAGGUGACGCAAAGGGGAAGGUACCAGUUCGAAGCCACCGAGUCGGACGACGAAUUGGAGGACGAACUGGACCAGAACCUGGACGAGAUUGGCAUGUUGAGUAGUAGAUUGAAUCAGUUGGGUAAAGCGAUGGGCCAGGAGGUCGAUAGUCAGAACGCCAGGCUGGGCAGAAUCGGCGAGAAGGCCACUACGUUGGACACGAAGAUCUACGCCGGGACGCAGAGGUUGGGCAACAUCAAAUAA